UGAACGCAGCACUCCUCUCUGACUCUCCUGCCGUGUCCUCUCGCUGUGUCCAGCUGCAGACAUGGCUCUGACUCUGGGAUGGCUCUCAGCUCUGGCCGCGGGUGUUUUUUCCGCUCAUGUUUUACAGAAACUCUGCUUCCCAUACUUUUGGAGGGACCUUAUUUUUCUGCUCAGGGUGAUCAGAUACGGCGUGAGGCUGGAGCUGUUCAAGCUCACAUCCAGCGUGUGCACGGUCCUUGACAGGUUCAUCCAGCAGGCGCAGCGGGUCCCCAACAAGCCGUUUGUUAUCUACGAGGGAAGUGUCCACACCUACCGGGACAUCGACCAGCGCAGCAACAGGCUGGCCAACGUUUUCCUCGAAAAAGUGCAUCUGAGGAAAGGAGACUGUGUUGCCUUGCUGAUGAGCAACGAGCCUGACUUUCUGUGCGUUUGGUUUGGGUUGGCGAAGAUCGGCUGCUCGGUGGCUUUUCUCAACAUCAACAUCAAGUCCAAGUCCCUUCUGCACUGCUUUAACUGCUGCGGAGCCAAAACUGUCAUUAUUGGUUCAGAUUUAGUGGACAGUCUGGAUGGCAUCCUAACCGGCCUGGUGGAGGACAACAUUCAGGUGUGGACCAUGAAGAGCCACAGUGAGCACACACAGGUGCACACCUUGUUGGACAAGCUUGAUGCUGCAUCUGACAAGCCUGUACCAGCAGCAUUGCGUGCCACCACCUCUGUGAAGGCUGCCACCCUCUACAUCUUCACCUCGGGAACAACUGGGCUCCCUAAGGCUGCAGUGAUCACUCACCUCCAGAGUUUGAAGGCUGCAGCAGGUUUUUGGGCUUUUGGGGCGACUGAAGAUGAAGUGAUUUACAUCCCUCUGCCUCUCUACCACAGUGCAGCAUCGAUGAUCGGUAUAGGAGGAACCAUACACUUAGGUGCGACCUGCGUCUUAAAGAAGAAGUUCUCAGCCUCCCAGUUCUGGAAUGAUUGCAGAACACAUCAUGUGACUAUUUUCCAGUAUAUUGGUGAACUCUGCAGAUACCUCUGUAACCAGCCGAAGACAGAGGUGGAUAAAGUUCAUAAAGUGCGGAUGGGAGUCGGUAAUGGGCUGCGGCAGGAUGUCUGGCGGGAGUUCCACAGUCGCUUUGGGAACAUUAAAAUGUGUGAAGUGUACGGUUCCACUGAGGGAAACCUGUGUUUCAUGAACCACAUUGGAAAAAUUGGAACUGUGGGUCGCUCCAACUUCUUCUACAGGCUCCUGUUCAAGUAUGAUCUGGUGAAGUAUGACAUGGUGAAAGAUGAACCAGUGAGAGAUCAAUAUGGUUUCUGUCAACGAGUGGAAAAGGGUGGAACAGGGCUUUUAUUGUCUAAGGUGAGCAUCCUCAGCCCAUUCUUUGGCUACGCCGGAAGCAAGCAGCUGACUGAGAAGAAGCUGAUGAGAAAUGUGUUUGCGAAAGGUGACGCCUACUUUAAUACAGGCGACCUCAUGGCUGAAGACCAGGAAGGCUUCAUCUGCUUCAGAGACAGAGUGGGAGACACCUUCAGGUGGAAGGGGGAAAAUGUAGCAACGACAGAGGUGACGGAGACUCUUGGACUAGUUGAUUUUAUCCAAGAAGUCAAUGUGUAUGGAGUGGAAAUACCAGGGCAUGAGGGCAGAGCAGGAAUGGCGGCGAUGAUUAUAAGACCAGACCACAAAUUCGAUGGGAAGAAACUAUUUGAGCAUGCAAUGAGAGAUCUACCAGCGUAUGCUCGUCCACUCUUCAUAAGACUUCAGGAGGUCAUGGAAAUGACGAGCACCUUCAAGCAGCAGAAGUUCCAGCUGGUGCAGAGUGGCUUUAACCCCUCAGCAAUCUCUGAUCCUCUCUUUGUGUUGGACUACCAGCAGAAGAGCUACAUUCCUCUAACAGACCUGAUCUACCAGAGCAUCAUCACUGGAGAACGCAAGUUGUAGAGCUCCCAACUCAAGUGACUAAUGAAACUGGAAACAGUCCACAUGAGGGAUAAAAAUGAGCUCUGCUUAUUUCAGUAUUUUACAUUUACUAGAAACCAGUGGGCCAGCAGUGAAUGAAAAGCCAUCGUCUUGUCAACAAAGAAGAGGAUCAUGAUGAGCUGACUGUAUAAAACAUAAACAGUGAAGUCUAAUGAGUUAUUUUUGCUAAAAAAAAAAAAAAAAAAGCUUCUGAUAAAUAAUAUGAAUCUGAAUGUAUUACUAUGAAACAGCAACCCACUGAUUUUAUGAACACGUCAAACACCAUCUGAAAGCAGCAACUACUAUUUUUUAAUUUGUCCAUGUGUUUGACAAAGAUGAAACACAACAACACAAUACAGCUUCUUUAAAACACUUAAUAAACAAAUGUAGAAGAUUUUGAUUGGUUUGAUAUUGUAGUUUAAAUUUGGCAUUUCAAAAAAUUUCAGCUAAAGGUUAAUAAUAUUAUAAGGAAUUGGAAGAAUUAAUGAAUAAGUAAUAGAACUUUCAUAUAUGAAGUUCUAUCCGAAUAACUGAUGAUAAUAAUUUGCCCUUAAUUUGCUUUUAGGGGUUGAAAAACACCUUAAAACUGACCAAAUAUAAAAAAAACAAAAACACCUUAAACAAGCCUCAGCUUUUCACUAAAGAUGAAAAAUCUGGAUUUUGCCUCAAAUUUGGGGCCAAUUAAUAAAUAAAUGAUAUGAAGGGUAGUUAAUGAACCACAUCCAUGGUUGACGAGCUGUUUAAGGGGUGAAACAACCCUGAAAGUGACCAAAUCUCAUGAAAGCCAUCCCACUGCUCCUCGCUAACUGAUAAAUGAAGACCCUUUGAAGGUAUAAAUGAAGAAAUGGUUUUCAUGUUAUAUGGUCAUCAAUACUUCCGUUAAAAUCUCAUUAAAGUGCCUUAAUUACACCAGUA